CAAGACAAAACUUAUCAGCUGUUAAGAUAGUAAAAUUAAAGAUGGAAUUAACAAAAGAUAAAUUAAUGACUUUCUUCAGAUGAAUAGCAAGUCACCGAAAGAAAUAACAGUAGAUAUAGUAAUAUAUUUACUUGAAUAUGACGUAAUAAUUAAGUGUAUCACAUUUAGUGCAGUGUAAAGAAAUAAUAUUGUAUUUAAAUAGUGAAAGUUCUGGUCUGUCCAAGAAAGUUUUAUUUAAAUAUGGAUAGAUGGGAUAGAGGAUCAUAUGAAAGAUUAAGCAUAAGAGAAUCCGCACAAUGUCUAAAAAAAUACGGUAGCACUAACAAGCGUGUAGCUAAGAACGAAUCUUACCUAAAACACUAUGUAACAAAUACUGACACCUUACAAGGUAUUGCCCUCAAAUAUAAUGUUACGAUCGAACAAAUACGAAGAGCAAACAAAUUGUGGACAUCCGAUAGUUUAUUUUUAAGAGAAUUUUUAUUAAUCCCCAGCGAAGAACCUUCUAGCUCGAACAUUAGUCAAGAACAACCACAGGCCUUGUCUCAAUCGACUGUCACUUCUCCAUGCAGCUCUAGUUUCGAUGAGGAGGACAUCGAUGGGUUCCUAAAUAAAAUAGACGCAGCAAUAGCAUCCAACAAGCAGGGUGUCGAAAAAACUACAAGAAACAGCGAGUUUGCCAGUAGUCUAGAACAAGCCGAUAGACGACAACCUGCCGUCUCUAGGAUGAAACAAUUAGUAAAUAAUAAUACAAAUCCGUUAGGCUCACAAACAGAGCAAAAUAAUGUAACUCAUCCGAACGCAGUUGUAAUUCAGCAAGGGAACAAAGUAAGAACAUCAUUAAGGCAGCACGAACGAUCGCAAGAUGAACUGUUCCAACUCUAGCGCAUGUUCCUAUAAUAUGUUUCUGUGAUUCUUACGGAAUUUAAUUUACAUAGUCUUAUAAUAGCUCUUAUAGUUAUAAGAUAGCCCACCAGUUAUAGAAAAAGACGAAGAUGACAUCGAUCUAGAAAUCUAGAUGAAGAUGACUAAAAAACUAUUUGUAUUUAUAAAUUCGUAUUUUUGUGUAGAUAAAUGUUUUUUUGCGUAAUUCUACUUUUUUUCUGUAUAGAUCUGUUAAAUUACUUAUAAAAUUUGCAAUGUUAUUAAUGGUGAUUUUUAAGGGUUGAAAUAUUAUUAUAUAUCUUACAGCAUGAAACAAUCAUUAUUUAACCAAUCAAAACCAAAUUUUACCCAUAGUAAGGUUUACAAUGUUUUUAUAUCAUGUUUGACAAUAACGAAUAGUUUACACCCCUAAAAAUAAUCAACGCCCUUGAGCAUGAUAUAGGAUAUGAAGUACCGGGUGAGAUUAUCCUAAUCCCAAAUUUUUAUGCAAAUCGAUGCAAGCCGAAAUCAGUUUUUAGGAUAAAUAAUUUUUUAUAUAUAGCUCCAACAAGGGUGGUUUUAAGAGUUGAAAAAAUAUGGUAUUAUAUCCUAAAGCAUAAAACAAUCAUUAUUUAAUUAAUAAAAACCAAAUGUUGACCUUAUUAAAGUUUAAAAUGUUAUUUUGUAAUUUUUUACAAUUAGGGGUAGUUAGCACCCUUAAAAACCAAAAGUGUACAACGGCUUAAUAUAGAAAAUGAACUAGAGGGUAAAAUGAGCCUAAUCCCAAAUUUUUUAUAAAAAUCGAUGCUGGACGAAAAAAUUGCGAGGUUUUGCCAUUUUUUCAGCUUCAUUUCCUGGCCUAUAUGUUCAAAUCAUGAUAACCAGUUGAAACGGUCAAAACACAGUCAUCAAAAAAGCAGGUGAGAUUAUACUCAUAUAAUCAACAUUUACUGAAUCGAUCCAGGAAUAGUCAACUCAGACUCGUAAAAGUUGAAUUAAAUUUUUCAAAUCAACUUUUACUGCUUAUUUUAGUUGGAGUUGACUCGAACUAGGAAUAGUCAACUCUAACUGAGAAUCAACUUGAACUGUAACAUAUACAUUUGAACUCUCAAUCCUAUUUUUCUAUAUAAUCUCCCAACAAAUUCAGGCACUUAUCAUAACGGUGAACUAGCUUUGAGAUACCAUUGUCAUAAGAUUCUGCCGCCUGAGACUUUAACCAGGUGUUUUACGCCGUCCCAUAGCUUCGCAUCGUUAUCAAAGCACUGCGUUACAAGCAAGGUCUUCAUCGCUCGAAACAGGUGGUAGGUAGGAAACCAAGGUUCACUUUGUUCUUCAUAGUGCACAUUGGUUCGGCUAUUUUUGAAUUUAAUGCACCAUUGACGCACUCCACCUUCAGUGAUCACAUUGUUCCUAUAAGCAGCACAAAUUUCGCGAUAAAUUUCAAUUGAUUUGCUAUUUUUAGUCAACAAGAACCGUAGUACCGUUCGCACCUCACAACUGGCGAGGUUUUCGAUCGCGGCACACAUUUCAAACAGCUGUUGUAAAAUAAAGAGAAGAGACAGUAACUUCGCGCUAGCACGGCUGGACAGUUACUGAACGGAGGCACGCCACGAUGCUAAGACGGCCGCGCAAUCCCCUCCCCUAGCGGCUACAGAUCAAAACGUAACGAAAAUUCUGGUAUAUACGGUAUAUUCGUUUAUACGGUAACUCACACUAUUCGAUGAAAUAUGUUCAUUCGCGAUUUUUAAAGUAAAAAAAAUUUGUUUUUUCUUAGAUCGAUAGUCUUUGACAUUUCAUCUGGAACUUUUUCCAGUUUUUAAUAUUAAACAUUUUUAGGUGAUUUUUUUUCUUUAUAAUGAAUGUGUAUUAAAUCUCUGACUUAUCGUUCCAAACUUGCCCCUCAAAUCUUCUUAAGACAAUUAAUUCGCGUGUUAUUCCCCUCUCAUUCCAAAAAUAUUGUUUGAUAUUUAUGUAAGUAGUUAGAGUAUAUUAUCUAAAUACUUGCUUCAUAAGCUGUCAUGUGUUAAAAUUUUGUAUAUUCCAGUUGAGUUCAAUAUUAUAUACUGUAUUUAUUAAAAAUUUGAUACAUAGUUCCUUUUGUACUACAUCUUACAUAUUAUGAAACAGCAUAUCUAGUUCAUUCAAGUUUUUAUAUUUUAAUCAUUAAAUAAAAAAAUGUUUACACUCUGCCUUCAUUAUAAAGUGGUAUAUUAUACGAAAAUCUAUUAACUGAAUCGCCUAUAAUUAAGAAUAAUUUGUACCAAUGAGAGAUUUUGUGUUAUGUAUUUAUGUAUAAAUAAUUAAUUAGGUGUGUACAGUCUGAUUUAUUGAAGUAACUUAUAUAGCUUUCCAACGAAAGUCUUGUUUGUAUAUAAAGGAAAUUUUGUUAUGUAAGAUACAGAAUUAAUAUAUUAUCAUCGAAUAAAAUAUUUUGUCGUAAGUUA